AUGUACAUGGCUGUUGUCUAUGCAUUUCUUAACCUCAAUUUUGCUGCGUAUCCCAUCGUCUAUCAGCAAGGCUACGGCUGGAAUGCUGGACAGGGGGGUCUUGCUUUCUAUGGUAUUCUGGUGGGCAUCCUCGUGGGCAUUUGUUUGAUGUUUGUCGAUCACAAACGUUAUGUUCGCGUAUACGAGGCUACCGGUGGCUUCCCGCCACCAGAGACAAGGCUGCCGACUGCUAUUGUAGGUGGUUGCAUAGCCAUUAUCGGCUUGGCGUGGUUUGCUGCGACAGCCGAUCCAAGAUACCAUCCUCUUGUACCGAUUUCAUCCGGAGUCCUUUUUGGUGCCGGCUUUAUUCUACUCUUCCAGGCUUGUGUCAAUUAUCUUGUCGAUUCGUAUGUCAUUUAUACUGCUAGUGUGACAGCAGCAAACAUCUUCCUACGUGCCACACUAGCUGCGGCUUUCCCACUGUUUACACCCCGAAUGUACAAGAACCUGGGCGUGCAAUGGGCGUCUGCGGUUCCGGCAUUCAUCGCGAUUGCUUGCUUUCCAUUCCCGAUCCUCUUUUGGAGAUAUGGCGAGAGAAUAAGAAGGAAAUGCAAGUAUUCGGCCGAGGCUGCAAGAUACCUUGACGCUUUGAAGAACCAGAAGGUUGUAACGGAGCAAGCUGUACUGUUACCUGUACUAGGCAUACAACAGCCAAAUGCAGUGGAAACUGAGGUAUAA